CUGCCGUUCACACAACCCCGCAGCCACCAUGUCCACUGACCACCUGUAACACAUUCGCUUUGCACAUCUGGUGCUUUUUUUCUUUUUUAUUCACGGCUUCCGACGUUUUUGAUAGUGAGCCAAUUUUUGUCUAGUGUGAGAAAGAACCCCUUAUGUGAGUGUGGGUGGGAAAGGAUAACGAGAGUGGUCAUGUGAGGUCAAAGGUGACGACGACAUUGAGCGCGCGGACACAUGUUGACCUGGAAGUGGCACGACGUCGGCUGGUGAGGCCGUGACGCCGAGGGGAGCUGCGGCGCCUGCGGGAGGAGCAGCGUGCGGGCGAGGGAGGGUGAGGGACGACCGAGUGCGGGCUGGAAAGGCUGGGCGUCAGGGCGAGGUGUUCCUCACGUCCGACGGUCUCGGUGCGGGUGAGUGACAGCGAGGAGUGGGAGAUCGAGCGAGCGAGCGCGGGGCGCGGGCGAGGGCUGACAGGACGCCCGCCAACAUGAGCUUCCUCAACUCGCUGCAGCAGGUGGUUGCCGGCGUCACCAGCAGCGUCACCAGCCUCUCGCUCUCCCCCAAGAGGUUUCCCUUCGGCCGAGAGAACAGCUCCGGCAGUGGCGGCGGCGGCGAUGUGAGCACGCCUCCCCCGGGGCCCCCCCACCACCAUUACCAGACGCGGCCUGGGGGGUCACCGAACCCCCGCCUGGGGCCCAAGCUGGUGCCCACCCCCGGGGCCGCAGGGGGCGCGGCGCCACGGCCCCAGGGGAGGGCCAAGAGCUUCAUGAACAACAUGAUGCAGCCUCCGCCCAUGCAGCAGCAGCAGCAGCCCGUCCGAAAGGAGAGGGAGCGGCGCCCCCUCCCUGUGCUGCAGUGUGGGGACCGCUACACGUACUGGCCGGAGUACGACCCCAGCCAGAACUGGGUGAGCGAGCAAGACAACGGAUGGCUGGAGCAGUUCACGACCCUGGGAUGGCGCCACAGCGAGGCCCUGCGUACCCUGAAGGCGUCGGGGCGCCAAGGCUCGAGGGACAUUGCCCCAGAGACCCUUGCCUCCAUCAGAAGAAACGAGUUCCGGCCUUCCAAGGCGGAGAUGGAGGCGCUGUACGUGGAGGUGCUGUACACGGUGUUCCACAAGGUGGGCGCGCAGCAGGGCGACAAGCGGGAGCACACCGAGGACCUGCCCAGGUACGCGCAGGCCGCCUUCCACAUCGAUCCCCAGGACCACGCCAGGCUGCAGGCCGUGGCGCAGGAGGAGAAGCCCCCAAUCUUAGUACUAAACCUGGUGGUGGUGGAAGCAGAGAACCUUGAGGCGAAAGACCCUAAUGGGUUCAGUGACCCGUACUGCAUGAUGGGGAUCAUCCCGGAGCACCCGGGCUCCUCCCUGCAGUCGUCGGGCUCGGUCAACAGCGGGGGAUCGCGGGGCUCCAGCCGCCAGAACAGCGUGGAUAGUUUCAGCGACCCUUACUGCAUGUUGGGGAUACAGCCGGCCAUACAGCAGGGUCACCCCGGUUCGCCCCGAGACGUGUACGGGAUCGCCCAGGGGUCACCGCCCCCCGACUCCCCCAGGGUGCGGCAGCAGGUCAGCCUGUCGUCCCGGAGCUCGUGCGAGACCGAGAGCGAGAACGACCUCGAGCGGAGCGGCAGCUGCGAGAGUCCGAAGCCGUUCAGCAAGGAGAGCCUCAGAAAGCAUCACAGCAUGGCAAGAUUGAAUUUGGAUUGUCUUAAGACGCCCGACGCACGGCUGGAUAGUCCCCGGGAAAAGUUAAAGAAGCGGCCAAGCUUCCGGUUAAGCUUCAAGAGGAAGCCCGCGGAGCCCAAGAAGGAGCGCGUGGAGCACCGGGACUCGCUCAGCAACGCCAUCCCCGCCAAGAUCAUCCGCGCCACGUCCGUCAAGCCGCACACACUCAACCCGCGAUGGAGCGAGAAGUUCAGACUAGACAUCGACGACAUCAACUACGACAUCCUUCACUUGGACAUCUGGGACCACGACGACGAGUCCAGCGUGUUCGACGUUGUCAGCAAGCUGAACGAGGUCAAGGGCGUCAAGGGCCUCGGGCGAUUCUUCAAGCAGAUCGCGCAGUCGGCUCGCGCGGGCGGCGGCCAGGACGACUUCCUCGGCUGCGUCAACGUGCCUUUGCAGGAUAUCCCAAGCACCGGCCUGGAUAAGUGGUACCCCCUGGAAGGCCGCUCCCUGCGAUCCAACAUCCAGGGCCAAAUCCACCUCAAGAUGUGGCUCUCCACGCGGGAGGACAGCAAAAACAGAUUCAUUCCGUAUAAUUCGUUUUUCCGCUCCGAGGACGCGGGAGGGGAGGCCUGGGUCGAGGUCGGCAACACCGACCAGAACAUUACCAUCUUUUAUGUUGCGAUGAAACCGCUAAAUAUAAGACUAGCCCACGUAGGAGUUCGGAAGGGCUAA